AUGGGGCCCAAAAAUAUAAAAUAUGAUGGCAAUUGUGGCUUUAGAGCUAUUGCUGGGUUGCUAGGUUACGGGGAGAAUUCUUGGCGUAAAGUAAAGAGGGAGUUACUAAAUGAGUUGGAAAAUGAUGAAUUUCUUUAUGAAUUUAUCUUUCAGAGUGUUGAAAGUAAGCGUGAGGUUGAGUAUCGCUUGGAUUAUUUUGAUGAUUACCCUUUAGAAGAUAGGUGGAUGCUCAUACUAGAAAUGGGUUACCUUAUUGCAAAUUGUUACAAUGUGGUCUUGAUGCAUUUUUCAAAUGUCAUAUCUCUUAUGUUUCUACCAACGGAAAGUCAUUCUUUACCUGAAUAUCAACGUUGGGAAAUUUCCAUCGUACUGGUUGAAAAACACUUUGUGCAGCUACACUUGCAACCACACCAUCCUAUGCCACCUGUUAUCAUUCGUUGGCUUGAUAUUUCCAACCUCAAAGCAUUGGAUCGGUAUAGUCCAUAUCGAGAUCGUAUUGACAAUCGGAAAGAGCUUAUCGGUUCAUUUGAUGUACAUCUUCAUGUAUAUUGA